AUGCAAGCCAUCCGCCUUCAUCCUGCUCCAUCUGGAGCUAUUUCUUACUCACCAUCCAACCCAGCACCAUCCUCUGCCCUUCGACUGGAUUAUGACAUUCCUGUUCCAUCACUCUCCGCCCCGGGAGAGCUUCUCGUUCGUGUCAAAGCCUCCACAGUCAUCCGCGAUAUGCUCAGCUGGCCCGAAGUCUACUCGCACCAGUACGCCAUCCCAGGCUGGGACGUCGCCGGGAUCGUGACAGAAGUCUACUCCGAGAAGAGUGAAUUCAAGCCCGGAGACGAGGUGUUCGGCAUGGCAAAUACCGACCGUGCAGCGACUUGGGCUGAAUAUACUAUCAUGAAGGAAGAUGAAGUGACUCGUAAACCGGCAACUUUGACCUUUGCUCAAGCUGCGGCAUUACCUCUCAGUGCACAAACGGCUUAUGAGGCGCUUUUUGAGCAUGCGCGUAUCCCCAUUUCCAAUCGCAAAGGGCUGGUUGCCGAGUCUGAUGCGAAGGUGAAAGAACAGCGCGUGCUCAUCACCGGUGCUGCAGGGGCGGUAGGUGUGUAUUUGGUUCCAUUUGCGUCGGCCGCGAAUGUGCAUGUUGUCGCCGCGAGUAGUUCGAAUGUGCGCAAUGAGGAGUUCUUGCGCGGCCUUGGAGCCGACGAGGUUGUCGAGUACAAGAUGCUAGACGACUAUGCGGGGCGAUUCGAUGUCAUCAUUGAUGUAGUUGGCGGGGAAGUGCUAGCCAAGUGCUGGGAUUACGUCGCAGAGACGGGGAGGCUCAUCACAGUGGAUUCAGCCAGUUUCAACUUUGUCAAGGAACAUGAGAAGCGGGGAUUACGCAAGAUGGGGGUAGACGCUCGAUUUUUCAUCGUCAAGGGUAGCCCAGAGGCAUUACGUUGCAUUGCUGAGAUGGUUGAUGCGGGGGCUGUUGGGUCUUUCGUCGCAGAGAUCCUCCCAAUGGCUCGUGUACGCGAGGCCUAUGAUCAUGCGAAUUCGAAGAUGAGUGCGCGUGGAAGGGUGAUUCUUACUUUUUGA